AUGAAACGCACCACCUCUCACAAUCAAGACCACAAUCAAGGCACUGCAAGUGAUAGCUCGUUGGAUGAUCGACUUUAUGCCAAUGUGGUGGAUGGUGUCGUUGCCCCGGGUAUCAAUUUACAACAGCUUGUAUCACUGGAUGAUCUUGAAUCCAAUCAUCCCCAGGAACGGAUACAGUGCCUCCGCCGUAUAGCAAGAUUUAUGCUCCUUUAUUCAUGUGAUCAACGACAACAAGUGCUUGAAACUCUCUUUCCAUUGUUACGCAAAGAAAAAGAACAUGAUAUCCAGGUGUUGAUCAUACGUAUUCUCGACGAGUUUUCUUCUUCUCCUCAAGUCAAUGGAUCGACCUUAUUUAGAGCAUUGGUGUUUGAGCUCGAUACCACCUCCACCAAAGUCAAAUGCCAACUCUAUAACACAAUCAGUCGUAUGCUCAAGUCAAGGCGGUUUAAUCAAGGACAAGCCAACAUGGAAGCCAUGGAUACAUUAUACAAGCACGUGAUUGCCGACUUAUCCGAUCCACACUAUCGAGUACGCGCUGUAUGCUUGCGAGUCUUUUCACUCUUCCCCUUCAUAUUCAACACCAUCCAAAACCGACCACCUUUGGCCAAUGAUAUCAAUGUACAAAAGGUCAUUGGUAAAUAUGUACGAGAUGAUGAGCCACGGGUACGCAAGAACGCGUUGGAUGCGUUGGUGGAUAUGCAAUUACGGGGUACAUCUCUUGAUGCUUCAUUGUAUCCAUUGGGAGUCACGUCUUUGAGGGAUGAUUAUGAGGAAGUACGAUUGGCGGCAUUGAAUUUGGUUUGGGUGUUGAGCAUGUUGAAGCCCGAGAUGCCGCUCCCUUUGCCACAUCAUGGACCUAAUGAAACUGUACGGCUUAUUGAUGAUGCUUUUGUGCGGAUAUGCGACUUGAUGAACGACGUAUCGGUGACAGUACGAGUGAACGCCGGUGGAUCCAUGGCGUCGUAUCAAGACGUGAGCCCAGAUACCCUUGCACAAACAUUCAGCAAACAAAUCAUGUCACGUUUACGACAACGAAGAGUACCCAAGAAACGACAUGGCCUUGUACCUGUAGCAGAAGGCGAUGUGGAUGUCGGCUCGGAUGAAUUUCGAUUGCUUGAUUCAGGGGCAUGUGGUGCUUUUAUUCAUGGAUUGGAGGACGAGUUUCAGCAAGUGCGUAAUGCAUCCAUAGAUAGCAUUGGUGAGCUGUGCAUGUACAAUGAACAUCUUAUUGACAAAGCGGUCGAGGCUCUUGUUGAUAUGUUCAAUGAUGAGAUUGGUGAUGUGCGUAUCAACGCUAUCCACACUUUGCGAAAGAUCGGCACACGAUGGUACCUGGAGCUCAACGAGGAGGAUUUGGAAAUUGUUGCAAGCACAUUGGAAGAUGCACAUGCUGGCACAAGACACGCGACGCAUGAUUUGAUGGGGGUUGCUCGACUUAAUGCCCCUGCUUCACUGCUGGCACUGCUGGACGCAUUCAAAGCCAACAUUGGUCGUUAUCCAGAAGAUCUCAUGUCCAUUUAUCAUGCAACAGCUCAGAUAGGAAAGAGGCACGCUGAUUUUGUCGUUGGGUAUAUCAUUGAACUAUUGAGGCUCGAUCCACAGUACAUGACACGUGAUCCAAAUGCUGAAGAUCCUACAUAUACCAUGAACGUCAUUUUGAUUGCCAAUGCGUGUACGGUGAUUUCGGAUAUCCUUGCCAAAUUACCUGCAUUUGUUUUUCAACAUUUCAGUUAUUACAAGAUCAAGUACCCUGAUUGUAUCCCUGAUUUACAGAGUCUUUAUGCUUCGGCCCCAGAAAAGGUGAAAAAGGAACUUGGCGAUGUACCAUCCACACCCUUGAAAACAGUGGAUACCAUGGAUAUUGAGGAGGAUCAGGAUCGAAAAUCAUACCUCGCGGUGACAAUGAGCAUGCUUGCACGACUUGAACAACACAUACAACAGCAACGCUAUGCAGACGCUGAUGUUGUGGUGACCGAUGCCAUCAAGAGCUUCCAAUAUUUGACAAGUAUACAGUCGACAAGCACAAAUGAGAUCCAGGACGAAGCACAGCUAGCUAUUGCCUAUUUGGAAUGCUACCAUCAAGUCUUAAAAAUUAAAACAAGCUAUGGAUCACCUUCCUUUGGCGUCUCGGGACAAUUAUUAGCAGCAGCACUUUUACGGCGAUCGUACCUCAUGCAACACACAUUCCUAGGUCUUUCGACAUGGAAUACCCAAGUGGCUGUCUAUUUUCGUAUCCUAAGCAAUCUCAUUUGGAUUUUCAGCAUUUUCAAGGAAGCAUCCAGAUUCAAGGAAAAGUCUAUAGAGCUGCAAAGUCUUUUCGCUGCAUUUAUUCGACGCAUUGACGACGUUAGAAGAUACUUUGAUGAUGAAAGUUGGGUGAAAUUCCAAAUUGAGCAACUACGAUCCAUGCUGGUGGAUGCACAAGAAUCACUCAGCCCAUCGAUUGUUUACGAGUUGUAUAAAUCCAUCAAGGGGUACGUGCCGAUGAUGAUCGAUCUCGAUAAUAGCACCAAGUAUAUGCACGCUGUCAUCACAUCGCCUAUACCCAAUCCGGAUAAGCCAUUCAAAUAUCCGGCAGCAUUUCCAGGCAAGAUUGAAUUUGAAGCCGACUUGUAUAAUUCACGCGACGUGCAUGAUAUUGGAAUUGAGGUGGUGCUCCCUGAUCAAUCAUCAAGGAUAUUUUGGCCAACGCAUAAAGAUUUCACCCCCAUUACACCGUACUGCUACAAGUUGCAAACAGAAUUACAUAUACCGGAAACCAAUAUUUGGACAGAACCAGGAAGCAUGAUUUUGCGUAUGGUGCGUUCUUUUACUCCUGAUUUACCAGAAUUGGAUUUAUACAUUCUCAAUUAUCCAAAUGCCGGAGCCAGUGGUGCUAUUGACCUGAAGGAUCGUACGGCAUCGGUUGUGAUUAGCAAAGAAAUCCAAUACACCUUAUGGCCUUAUUAUCUCCAUAAUCGACCCCCAAUAAGAUAA